GGCGUCUGCAAUCGUUUAGUCGCCCUGGGAAGCUAGGGAAACGAAAGCUAACACGUGGGAACAGCAAUUUGGUGUGUUUUGCUUGGACUUCAGGGUGGUUAAGUGCCUUUUUUUCAACCGUGCCUUGAUAACGACGGGUCCGUGGGAUCCUCUGGAGCCGACAGUUAGCUCCCAGCAAACCGGCGAGCUGGUUUAUCCUUUUUUAUAAUGGCGGACAACGGAGACGAUGACUCUCAGUACAGGAUUAAACAAGGCGACUACGUUGUGUUGAAACGAGAAAACAUCUUCAAAGCUGUGCAGAUUCAACCGAAGAAGAAGGUGAUUUUUGAGAAGCAGUGGUUCUUCCUGGAUGGAGCAGUGGGACACUUUUACAGCACCACAUUUGAGAUCGUGUCUGGAGCCCUGCAGCUGCAGAAGCUCAAGAACACAGACAGCUUCACCGAUGCAAAAGAAGCGGGCACAGACAACAGAAACAUUGUAGACGAUGGCAAAUCCCAGAAACUGACCAGGGAUGACAUCGAGGACCUCAAAGAGAAAGGUCUGGAGGGUCAGGAAAUCAUCCAGCAUCUCAUAGAUAACAGCUCAACUUUCAAAGAUAAGACGGAAUACGCCCAGGACAAGUACAUCAAGAAGAAAAAGAAGAAGUAUGAAAAUACUGUGAUGAUUGUAAGACCGUCCUGUCGCAUCCUAGCUAUGAUGUACCACGGCCGGGAACCGGGGAAGAUCUGCCACCUGCGGUACGACACGCUUGCCCAGAUGUUGACUCUGGCAAACAUCCACGCAGGCAGCAAAGUUCUGGUGUUCGAUACUUGUGCUGGCCUCGUGCUUGGAGCCAUCAUGGAGAGAAUGGGGGGCUACGGCUCAGUGAUCCAGAUGUACCCAGGAGGUGAGCCUGUCCGGGCGGGUACGGAGAGCUUUGGCUUCCCUGCACAUUUUCAUGAUAUGCUGCAUGGGUUUCCCAUCUGCCGUGUCAAUGCUCUGCUGGCAGGCACUCUGGACACCACUGCCAAAGAUCCCAGCACUGAUGUAAAGCAGUCCAACAUGGCUGCAGAAGACGGGCGACAGCAGCCCGAGGCAGAGCAGCCGGAGGCAGAGCAGCAGGACAGCCCGCAGGAGAAGAGCAUGGAGACCAGCAGCGGUGCUGAUGGAGGCCACGACCGGGAGAAAGAAGAGAAGGAGAAACGCAGAGAAGCCAAAGCUCAGGAAAGACUGGUGAAGCUGGAGGAGAAACGAAAGAAGCUGGCAGCCGCCGCUGCCCUGCUGGAAGGCAGGAAUGCCGACGGGUUGGUUAUAGCCAGUCGCUUUCACCCGUGUCCAGUCCUCAUGGGCCUGCUCCCAUUCCUCGCCCCUUCCAGGCCUUUUGUGGUCUACUCCCAAUACAAAGAGCCUCUUAUCGAGUGCUACAAUAAACUCAAGGAACACGGCGGCGCGGUCAGCCUCAGGCUCACAGACACCUGGCUCAGACAUUAUCAGGUGUUGCCUAACAGGACACAUCCUCUGCUGCUGAUGAGCGGGGGCGGGGGCUACCUCCUCUCAGGAACAACGGUUGCCACGGACCGUGCCAAACCUGCGGGCUCCCAGCGAGCCGAGGAACCAGCACCAAAGAGACUGAAACUGACUGACACUGAAGGAUGAAUGAAUACUCGAAGCAUCGAAUCUUGUGAGGGCACAUUACCAGUGGCUUAUAGGGAUUGUUUUUUUUCCUCUCCAGCAUCAACUUCUCCUUCUGUUAACCUGAGCUGACACAUCUGGAAUAAGGGAGACGGACUGUCUGGUUUGCAUUCAUCAGAACAUUUUCUCCCCGUCUUGUGUAUUUAGAUCAGUGAAGGCGCGAUGCCGAGGAGUAAACUGUAAGCCAAGUUGGGCUGUUUGACCUAGGUGUACGUGUUAUGUAAGGAGCUGCGGAAAUAAACUUUUUAUGUGUUGAGAGUAAGAGACAGGUUUUGUGUUUUUAUGCCUCAAGACCAGGUGAGGGAAACAUUUCUGUUUUUGUUUGCAGUUAAUCCAGUUCUCACUUGUUUUUUGUUAUUAUCCCUGCAGGAAGUGCCAUUUGUCAUAUGAUCGAGUCGCUAACGCAGCUUCACUGUGUGUUACAUCUGUAUCCGCACAUUAAAAUAUAACAGUACUAAAGAA